AUGUCUAACGGUGGGGUCGGUAGAGAAUCUGGCACAAACAGAUUCUUCAUUUCGAAUCCUCCCACUGUCUCCAAGCGUGCUACCUCAAAGAACACCACACCAACGGAAGAUCUCGCUGUCAUCAUCAAAAAUCAAGAAGCCAACAUCAAUGAUCUCAAUCUUCGUCUUGACAAAAUGGAGCAGAAAAUUAAGAAUAUCGAAGGGAUCUUGACGAGGGUAGAUGCUAUUGAGCAUGCCGUCAAAGGCGUUGGAGACGAGUCGGGACAACCGGCAGAUGGAAAUACACAUGUUGCCCCAAGACAUCAAAAGUCUGCGGGUGCUCUCAAAAAGCAAGAGAAUAUGUAUCGUGCGCUUGGCAUCAAACCUCCUGCAAGUAGCUCCUAG